AGCGCGGGGGGCGCCCGGCAUCCCGGAGCCAGGCAGCGAGGGCGCCGCGCCGUCCCGCUCCGUGGGGCCCCGCUCGCCCGGCCCCGCUCGGCCCCUGCGCCUCCCGCGCCGGGCAAGGCUGCGCUGCGCGCCCCCGGCCGCGGGCUCCCCUCGCCCGGCGCCCCGACGGAGCCAUGCAGAUCUCCAUCGCCUGCACCGAGCAGAACCUGCGGAGCCGCAGCAGCGAUGACCGCCUGUGCGGGGGCGGCGGGCGGGCGGCGGGGGGGCCCGGCCAGGGCAACGGCGCCUUCCCGCCCCCGGGCAAGGGGCCCCGGCUGGCGGGGGGCGGCCGGGCGGCCGGGCAGACCCUGACGCACCACCUCGCCUUCCUGCUGCGGGAAUCCACCGGGCGAGCCACCGGCAUGAACUACAGGAACCUCGGAAAGUCUGGCCUUCGAGUCUCCUGCCUUGGCCUUGGUACGUGGGUGACGUUUGGGUCCCAGAUCUCUGAUGAGAUGGCUGAGAACGUGCUCACGAUCGCUUACGAAAACGGGGUCAACCUCUUUGACACGGCUGAAGUCUACGCUUCCGGCAAAGCAGAAAAAACUUUGGGGAAUAUCUUGAAGAGCAAAGGAUGGAGGCGUUCCAGCUACGUCGUCACCACAAAAAUUUACUGGGGAGGCCAGGCUGAGACCGAAAGAGGGUUAUCCCGGAAACACAUCAUUGAGGGCUUAAAAGGGUCCCUGCAGAGACUCCAACUGGGAUAUGUUGAUAUCGUCUUCGCUAACCGGAUGGAUGCUAACAGCCCCAUGGAAGAGGGCGGCCUGAACUUCCGAGUGUUCUUGCUAGAAGAGAUUGUGCGAGCCAUGACCUACGUGAUCAACCAAGGGAUGGCCAUGUACUGGGGCACCUCUCGCUGGAGCGCCAUGGAGAUCAUGGAAGCCUAUUCCGUGGCACGACAAUUCAACCUCAUUCCGCCCGUGUGUGAACAGGCGGAGUAUCAUAUGUUCCAGCGGGAGAAAGUGGAGACCCAGCUUCCGGAGUUGUAUCACAAGAUCGGAGUAGGAGCCAUAACCUGGUCUCCGCUGGCGUGUGGACUCAUCACGGGGAAAUACGAGGACCGAGUACCCGAAAACUGCCGGGCUGCCAUGAAGGGAUACCAAUGGCUGAAGGAGAAGCUGCAGAGCGAAGAAGGGAAGAAGCAGCAGAGCAAGGUGAAAGAGCUCCAGCCCAUUGCCGAACGCCUGGGCUGCACCGUGGCACAGCUGGCCAUCGCCUGGUGUCUCCGCUCUGAAGGGGUCAGUUCUGUGCUCUUGGGGGUCUCUAGCGCCGAACAGCUCAUUGAGAACCUGGGAUCCAUUCAGGUCCUCACCCAGCUGACCCCACAAGUUGUCCAGGAAAUCGAUGCACUCCUGGGGAACAAGCCCAACGCCAAGAAGGAGUCCCGGGCGUAGGGACACGUUGGCGCCCGGGACGGGGCUCACUUUUGUCCCAUCAGACUGCCCCCUCCUGCUCCUCCAUGGAUCCGUCCCCCCGCCCGCCUCCCACCAGCCGCUGCCUUGUACGGGGCGGGGUGGGCGCAGAGGAGCCGCUUUGCGCAUGAACCAAAUAUCCGUGUACUUCCAUGGCAGGUGAAGGAGGAGGAUUCACCCUGCCCCCUGGCAGCCGCUUAGUCUUGAGUUCAAACCGUGGCAUGAGCAACAGCGCUGGGGCUUGGCGGGGGGACCCACUGCUUCCCGCCUGGGCUGGCUGGCCAGAGCCCGGGCCGCUUUGCCCCUUUCUGUAGCACAAGGCCUGGCUCCCUCCAGAGGGGCGGGCAGAGGGUUGGAAGGGGGCAGCCUAGAGAAAUAAGCACAACCUUGGUAUAAGAUAA